AGCGCGAGCAGGGAGGAAGCGAUGCUUCCCUCCCCAAAACCGGAUAUCUCCUUCUUGAGGCGCGCCGCAACUUUUCUCCGUUCCUGCCAUACCGGGUGGGGAGUUUCCUCCCCUCCCUGUCACUCUUAAAGCCACAGGUGCCCUACCAGCGCGUCUACACGCGCACAGCAGGAUUCACACGUGCACGGCCAUCACGCAUCUUAAGCCAUCCCUCGGAGCGGAACGGCUCUCGGCCCGCUAGUUGAGCCGGGGCGAAACGGCGCCUGCUUCUCGCUUGCGCUCCGUGGGAAAAACGUCCGGUUUUUUCCCAGGCGUCUGAAACAGCGCGGCCCUUCUCCCCGCCGCCUCCUCCAGCGCCGGUCCCCAGCACGUAGAGGGUUAAAGAAAGGCCCCGGCCCGGGGGAGGGAAAGUGAAAGCCAGGAAGGAGGGGAAAGUUGGAAAGUUUCCCGCCCGGGCCCCAUUGCUCCGCCGCAUCCCCCGGGACGCGCCUUGCAGUUAGUUGCCUUGCAGUUCCAGGCAGCCCGGGCAGGAAUCCUCCCCAUCGCUGCUCGGAAGAAGCCUCCCUCUCCGCCUGCGGAAUAUCAAAUAUAAAGAGCAGGAGCCCCUUUCCCCCAGCCUAAGAGCAAAGCCAGGGGCAUCCACCAUGAAGAAGGCGGCAGGCAGCCUCAGCCCCAGCAAACCUAAAGAAUCCACCUUCAGCGCUGAGGAUGGUUACGUGAAGAUGUUCCUGCGGGGGCGGCCCAUCCCCAUGUUUGUCCCCGAUGCUGUCGUCGCCACCUACAGCCUCGAUGCCAAGCUGGACCUGCCCCAUAAGAAGCUGAAGCUGGACUGGGUCUAUGGGUAUCGGGGCCGCGACUGUCGCGCCAACCUUUUCCUGCUGCCCACGGGGGAGAUCGUGUAUUUCGUGGCUGCCGUGGCUGUCCUCUACAACGUGGAGGAGCAGCGCCAACGCCACUACCUGGGCCACAAUGAUGACAUCAAGUGCCUGGCUGUGCACCCUGACAUGGUCACCAUAGCAACUGGGCAGGUGGCCGGGACUUCGAAAGAUGGCAAGCCUCUGCCUCCCCACGUUCGGGUCUGGGACUCUGUGAGUCUGAAUACGCUCCACGUGCUGGGCCCUGGGCCCUUCGACCGAGCCGUGAGCUGCGUGGGAUUCUCAAAGUCUAACGGCGGAGGACUCUUAUGUGCUGUUGAUGACUCCAAUGACCACGUACUCUCUGUGUGGGACUGGCAAAAGGAGCAGAAGCUAGCAGACGUGAAGUGCUCCAAUGAGUCUGUGCUGGCCGCAACUUUCCACCCUACGGAGCCGACACUUCUCAUUACCUGCGGGAAAUCUCACAUCCACUUCUGGACGCUGGAGGCAGGCAGCCUCAGCAAGAGGCAGGGCAUUUUCGAGAAACACGAGAAGCCCAAAUAUGUCCUGUGUGUGGCUUUCACAGAGAACGGGGACACUGUGACUGGAGAUUCCGGGGGGAACCUCUACAUUUGGGGAAAAGGGGGCAACAGGAUUUGCCACGCGGUGCCAGGAGCCCACGAAGGGGGCAUCUUUGGCUUGUGCGUGCUGCGGAACGGGACCAUCGUCACGGGAGGCGGCCGGGACCGCAGAGUCGUGCUCUGGGGACGGGAUUACCAGAAGCUGCAGGAGAACGAGGUGCCUGAGGGAUUUGGGCCAGUGCGCACCAUUGCGGAGGGAAAGGGCGACUCCCUCUUUGUGGGCACCACCCGCAACUCAGUGCUCCACGGAUCGUUGGCGACUGGCUUCUCCCUCCUAGUGCAGGGACACACGGAAGAACUUUGGGGCCUGGCCACCCACCCGGCUUUGGACCAGUUCCUGACCUGCGGGCAAGACAAGCAGGUUCACCUGUGGAGCGUGGCCACCCACCAGCCCCUGUGGAGCAAGGGGAUCGAGGACGCGGCUCGCUCGGCUGGAUUCCAUCCCAGCGGCUCUGUUCUAGUGGUGGGCACCGUAACUGGCAGGUGGCUGGUGCUGGACACGGAGACCCGAGAUCUGGUGACCAUUCACACGGAUGGAGGGGAGCCCAUUUCUGUGGUCAGCUUCUCCCCAGAUGGCAAAUACCUGGCCCUGGGCUCCCACGACAACUUUGUCUACAUCUACCUGGUUUCUGAGGGUGGCAGGAAGUAUGGGCGUGUCGGCAAGUGUUCGGGCCACUCCAGUUUCAUCACCCAUCUGGACUGGGCCUUUGACAGCAGCUGUUUGGUCACCAAUUCUGGUGAUUACGAAAUCCUGUACUGGGACCCCUCCACCUGCCGCCAGAUCACCAGCGCUGAGGCCGUCCGCAACAUGGACUGGGCCACGGCCACCUGCGUCCUGGGCUUUGGGGUUUUUGGGAUCUGGCCGGAGGGUGCGGACGGCACCGACAUCAACGCCGUCUGCCGCUCCCACGACGGGAAGCUCCUGGCGUCUGCUGACGACUUCGGCAAAGUGCACUUGUUCUCCUACCCUUGCUGCCAGCCGCGGGCCCCCAGCCACACGUACAACGGCCACAGCAGCCACGUCACCAACAUUGCCUUCCUCCACGAUGACAGCCUGCUGCUCUCCACCGGUGGGACCGACACCAGCAUCCUCCAGUGGCGACUCGUUUAGGGGAAGGGCAGGGGGGGCAAGCGGGGCUUUUCCCCUCCCAGGGGGAGGGAACGGGGCAACGAGUAGGGUUGGGGGUGGGGUUGGAUCCUAUUAAACACUUUUUUGAGGUUGGGAGUGACAGCAAUGUGUCGUGGGGGGGGAAUUGUGGAAAGAGGAAGAUUUAAAGAGAGGAUACGGCGGAGCUAUAUUUUACAGACAUCUCUAUAUGAAUAAUGAUAAUAUAUAUCCAGAUCUAUCUCUAUAUAUCUAUAUUUAAAGGCUGAAGGUUGCACAGGCUGAGAAUGUGACGGUGUUGGCGGGGGGGGGGCCUAUUCCCAAAUUGUGAGGCAGCCCCUGCUCCCCUCCUUAAAGAAAUCACGGAGGGAGAAGCUGCCACCCGCAGAUUUCGCUCUCCUCCCCAGACUAUGGAUGUCAAGCAGUUUGAGACCUGCUUUGACUGGCGAGGCUUUUGAUUCCAGCUCCCUCAAUCUCCCCCAUUCCCUAUCCCACUCAGAGCUUUGCAAAGAGGCAUUGAGUGAGGGAGCCAAGAGUCCUUUUUUUGCUUUUCCGGACAUCCUUCUCCUCCUCCAUGAAUUUGCUCAUCUUCCUUUGAAGCCACCUGUAUCCCUCCAUCACAUUCCCCGAAUCGGUGCUUUGGAGAAGGGCUUUCUCUCACCUGCCCUGGGUUUUCAUGCAAAAUGGGCCUUGCCCCCCACUUUAUGUGUGCAGCCAUGAAUUAAGACGGCUGCCCUUUCGCGCCACGACAUCGGACUUGGCCAGGCUUCCCUAACUGGCUGGGGGAUGGUGGGAAAUUGUAUAUUCCUAAACUGACGGAGGGCGUCAGGUUGGAGAUGGGUGAAUAGCAAUAUUGGGAGCAGAGGAAUCCCUUGUCGCUGUCUGAAUCAGAGGAAAAGGAGAGGCGUCCUGGGGAGCUAAGUCUGAGGGCAUGGAGACAACAUAGUCUCCUUUUUUAAAACUCCCAACAGAGUCACAUUUUCAGCCCAGGUUGGCGGUAUUUUGCACUGGACAUAUUGAUGGUUUGGGGACGGGGUUGGGGGCACGCGUUUUUGGCAAUUUCAGGGCACGACGAGGAGCAGGAAGGUGGAAGGGGAGGGGCAAAGCAUGUCUGUCUGUCUGUCUUCUGUAUUUUCCAAAGAAAAUGUGGCAGAGCUUAGAAAGCUGUUUAAUAAGAAUACGACAAUAAAAAGAGACCUAACAACGCACACACACACAC